AGCACUGUACUCAAACACUGCUGGUAAGGAAGUCCAGACCUCCCACGUCUCAUACGGAAGAGGCCACUUCUGCAAACAAUACAGGAUCAAUUCAUUGUAUGGGACGCUCAAGUACCACAAAGGUAAAGUGUAGAGCGUGUAAUCAGACUGAGGACGACCUCACCCACACAGCAUCUCCCACCAGUCCGCUAUAGGACACUACACACUACAGGACAGUCUCCAUCUGAUGUUAAUGGCGCAACCUAUGAAACACAGGCCCAGGUCCGCACCGAUUAUUACCAAUGCGUAUGUGCAGAACAAGAGAGAGGAUGAGGGUCUGUCUGUCAAACUGGACAGCAUACACUACCAGCACCAUGCGGACCUGAUUAGGCUGAGGCAAACUGUGGACCCCAUUGUCCGACUAAGGAAAAAUCUGCUCACCCAAAGGGCCAUUACACAUCAGUCAUCACUGGAGCACGUCAUGGAUGAAAUCCAUGCCUACAAAAAAGAUAAGCACUGCUCAGGUCUCAGCAAGAGCCAUCUGCCUGCUAGUACAGAGGUCUACGUCAGCAAUGGUGAAAGUUCAAAAUGGCUGCCUACUCCAUUUUCUCAGAGCUUUCCCAGCAUCCCACACAACUUAUACAAACAUGGGGAAAGCAAGACUUUUUCUGUAAUCACAAAUGGGAGAAGACUUCCAGUCAUGGACAACUCAAAGACAAAAUCUACUGAAACUGCAUUGAAACAUCUAGAGGCCUCUGAAAAACCUGCAAGGAAAGCUAGAGCAAUGUCACCUGUGCAGAGGGUACCAACCAGAAACAUGGAACUGCUGACGUACAAGGAGCUGAGUAAGAUUGCAUGUCUAGAAAACAUCACCAUGAGAGAACUCGAGAGGCAGAAGCUACAAGUGCAGAUGGAUAAACAUCAACUCUGUCAAACGCUCCACAGGGCUCUUCAAGAGAGAGUACACACUUUCCUCAAGAAGAUUGACGAGGUGGACUGCAGUAACUCUGAUCAAGUUAUAAAUGCAGACAAGGACUUUUAUGAGACCUCUGGAAAAACAACCAAGAAAAACUAAUUUAGGAGAGGAACAGUAAAGCUGUUAUUAAGGUUUAAGAAUGUACAGCUGUCUUUUUUUCUUUCAUUAAUAUAUUUUGGGGUUAACCUCAGUGCUAUUUAUGGACAUUACUGGGUUAUUCCUGUUUCAUUUGUGU